UUGCUAUAUAUGAUAAUAAAAUUAAGCCAGAGAAACACCAGCAGGAGCAGAAGAGAUCGAUAUUAUGGAGGUGAUGAGUCUUCUGCCAACCAUUUGUUCAGUUGGCGUUUUAGGCUUAGUUUGCUUAUUUCUUCAUCUCUACAAUACUAUAUGGCUAAAGUCUGAAAGAGUGAGGAAGAAGCUCCGUGUCCAAGGGAUAAGAGGACCUCCCCCUUCGAUUUUUUAUGGAAAUCUACCGGAGAUGCAGAAGAUCCAACUCAAUACAAAGCCAUCCAAAUCGAAUCAUGAUAUCGUUGCCCACGACUACACCUCAACCCUCUUCCCGUAUUUCGAGCAGUGGAGAAAGGAAUACGGUCCAUUGUACACAUAUUCAACGGGAAUGAGGCAACACUUGUAUGUGAACCAACCAGAGCUUGUAAAAGAAAUGAACCUAAGUAAUACCCUGGACUUAGGUAAGCCUUCUUAUGUAACCAAGAAACUCUUGCCCAUGCUUGGAAAUGGCGUUAUAAGGUCCAAUGGUCAUAUUUGGGCCCAACAGAGGAAAAUCGUUGCACCCGAGUUCUUUAUGGACAAAGUCAAGGGCAUGGUAGGGCUAAUGGUGGAGUCGACACAGCCAUUGCUAAGAAAAUGGCAAGACUGUAUAGAAGCACAAGGUGGUGUGACAGCAGAAAUUCGAGUUGACGAGGAUUUGAGGGAGUUCUCAGGAGAUGUUAUCUCAAGGGCUUGUUUUGGUAGCUCUUAUUUCAAAGGCAAAGAGAUUUUCUCUAAACUUAGGAGUCUUCAGAAAGCCAUUUCCAACCAAAGCUUACUUUUUGGGGUCACAAGUUUCGCAGGCAGGCUCCUGUCAAUGAAGAAGCAAAAUGAAAUUGGGAGUUUGGAGAGAGAAAUAGAGUCGUUGAUAUGGGAGGCAGUGAAGGAACGUGAACAAGAGACAUCCUCAUCAGAAAAGGAUCUAAUGCAGUUGAUACUGGAGGGAGCUGUGAAUGAUCAAUCUUUGGGUACAGCCAAGCGAUUCAUAGUUGAUAAUUGUAAGAGCAUUUAUUUUGCUGGCCACGAAUCUACCGCUGUCGCUGCCUCUUGGUGCUUAAUGCUGCUUGCUCUACAUCCUGAGUGGCAAGCUCGUAUUCGCACAGAGCUCACCCAAGUUUUUGGGGAUACCUUUCCUGAUCCCGAUUCAUUUCUCCACUUAAAAACGGUGACCAUGGUGAUUCAUGAAUCAUUGCGUCUGUAUCCCCCAGCAGCAUUCGUGUCAAGGGAGGCACUUGAAGAGACUCGAGUUGGAAAUAUUAUUGUUCCCAAAGGUGUAUGUUUAUGGACUCUGAUCCCAACUCUGCACCGAGAUCCUGAAAUUUGGGGAGUGGAUGCAAAUGAGUUCAAACCCGAAAGGUUUUCUGAAGGUGUCUCUAAAGCUUGCAAAUUUCCUCAAGCAUACGUUCCCUUUGGACUGGGUCCACGCCUAUGCUUAGGCAAAAAUUUUGCAAUGGUUCAAUUGAAGAUUCUCCUCUCCCUUAUUGUCUCCAAGUUUACUUUCUCAUUAUCUCCCAAAUAUCAACAUUCUCCUGCUUACAGAAUGAUUGUAGAGCCUCGACAUGGUGUAUAUAUCAUCUUUCAAAAGAUCUAAAAAGUACUGUUUUGAUCUCAAUAUUAUGUAAGAUUGUCUUGAAGAAGGCAUAUCCAUGGCUAGGUAGAGUAGAAUGCCACGGAACUUUACAAAUAUUUUUUUUUGCCCCAUUUUGCUAUCAUUUGAGAUACUGGAAUGUAAGAGUGAUGACAUCAACUUACAAUGUUCUUUAAUUUCAAACACAAAUCAGAGAGCCAAACUUGGCAUGAGCUAUGUCUAUCUUA